AUGGUUGACGUAGACCGGAGAAUGACCGGUUUAAACCCGGCUCACAUAGCCGGUCUAAGACGUUUAUCAGCCCGAGCCGCUUCUUCUUCCUCCUCAUCCUCCUCUUUCCCGGAACGUAACGGUUUGUUCUCAUUUUCUUCGGUCGUUGAUAAGGUCAUAACACAGCUCCAUAACUCAGGCGUAGAAGUUGAACCUGGUCUCUCCGACGCUGAGUUCGCCCGUGCAGAGGCAGAGUUCGGUUUCGUUUUUCCGCCGGACCUCCGUGCGAUUCUCGCCGCCGGUAUGCCUGUCGGGCCUGGAUUUCCUGACUGGCGAUCAAAUCCCGCUCGCCUCCGUCUCCGCGCCUCGUUAGACCUUCCGAUCGCAGCUAUUUGUUUUCAGAUUGCGAAGAACGCUUUCUGGUCGAAAUCUUGGGGAUUAAGACCGUCAGAGCCGGAAAAAGCAUUGCGAGUUGCGAGAAACGCUUUGAAGAAAGCUCCGUUACUGAUACCUAUUUUCAACCAUUGUUACAUUCCUUCAAAUCCAUCACUCGCCGGGAAUCCGAUUUUCUACGUCGACGAGAAUAGGAUCUUCUGUUGCGGUUUUGAUCUCUCUGAUUUCUUUCAACGGGAGUCUCUCUUUCGAAGCACUGAAUCUGAUCCGAAGAUUCUCAUGAAACAGCGAUCUGUUAGCGAGAAAUCCGCGGGUUCUUCAACGGCUUUCUCACGGAGGAGCCUCGACGGAGGGAGGAUGCCAAGGUGGGUGGAGUUCUGGACAGAAGCCGCCACAGAUCGUCGCCGGAGAAACUCUCUGUCAUCAGUAUCAUCUUCGCCGGAGCGGUUUUUUGAUAUUCAACCACGGUCUGAAAUUCCGGGUUGGGUGGAUGAGUAUAUAGAAAAAAUCGGGUCGGUUUUGAGAGGAGGUGGGUGGAGCGAACCGGAUAUAACCGAAAUGGUUCAAGUUUCGGCUUGUGGAUUUUUUGAUGGGGAAAUGGUGAUGUUGGAUAGUCAAGCGGUGUUGGAUGCUUUGUUAUUGAAAACGGAUCGGUUUUCUGAUUCGCUUCGGAAAGCUGGGUGGAGCUCCGAAGAGGUAACUGAGGCUUUGGGAUUUGAUUUUCGACCGGAAAAGGAAAAGAAACCGGUAAAGAAGCUAUCGCCGGAACUUGUGGAAAGAAUUGAGAAACUAGCUCAGUCAGUUUCCCGGUCAUGA